AUGGCGUGCAAAUGGAUAACACAGGAGACUUUUGAUGCCGUUGUACAGGAAAAUGUGGUAGAAUUUGAUAUGGAACCAGAAGAAGCUUUGAAUGAAGCUAUUCAACAGUUUGAAUCACAAGGUGUUGACCUGACAAACAUAAUUAAGGAAGUUCGUAAAAAAAAUGAUGAUAGUGGGGCUGCCCCAGGCCAUGACAUUCUGCAGACAUUGGACUCAUUGAGACAGGCUGUGGAUUCUGGGUCUACAAGCAGUUUCUCUGAAAUUCUUAUUCAGUUUGGGGAUCAGUGUAAACAGGGUAUGGGGCAUCGGUACCUAGCAGGACAGAAGUUUGCCUAUCCAGUGGUUCUUGAAGCCUGGAAACUUUCUGAGGAUGACAGGGAAGCACUACUGAACGUUCUUUAUGCUAUGUCAUCUCUCACUGAUGGGCAGCCUGAUUUGUUCGAAGGUGUUGGACAGGAGCUGUUAAUUCGUAAUUUAGAGAAUUUUUCACAUGAUGCUGAGGUGACCUUAAUGGCAAUCCGUUUAACUCGGCACACAUGUCUGAAACAUGAGCAGAAUCGACAAGACCUUGUUAAAGUGGGUAUUUUACGACACCUUACAGAAGCCAUAUCAAACCAUGGAGCAGAUCCAGACGUGGUGCGUGAAGCUUGCUCUGCUUUGAGGAUUAUGACCUUUGAUGAUGACAUUAGAGUUCCAUUUGGACAUGCACAUGAUCAUGCGAAGAUGAUUGUUUUGGAGAAUGGAGGCCUGAAACUGUUGAUAGAAGCUGCAAAAGCUUUUACAGAUAAUACUGGAGUACUAAGUGAACUAUGUGCUACAGUUUCCCGCCUUUGUGUACGUAAUGAGUUCUGUCAAGAUGUUGUUGACCUGGGUGGUCUAAAUUUCAUGGUGGCUCUUCUAGCUGACUGCAUCGAUCAUCAGGAGCUUGUAAAGCAGGUAUUGAGUGCAAUCAAGGCAAUUGCUGGCAAUGACGACGUGAAAGAUGCAAUAGUCAGUUCUGGAGGGACAGACCUGAUUGUUCUUGCGAUGUCCAGACACCUCUCUAACAUUCUGGUCUGUGAACAGGGCUGUGCAGCUCUUGCUAUGUUAGCCCUACGUAAGCCUGAGAACUGUAAAGUUAUUAUGGAAGGAGGCGGAGCAUUAACUGCUCUCCAAGCCAUGAAGGCGCAUCCUAAUGAUGCCAGUGUACAGAAACACGCCUGUAUGGUUAUUCGGAACUUGGUUUCACGUACCCGAGAUUUUUCACAACCCAUCUUGGAAAUGGGAGCGGAGUCCUUAAUUUUACAGGCUCGCAGCACUCACAAGGACUGUGAUGAUGUAGCUAAGGCAGCACUACGAGAUCUUGGCUGUAAAGUAGAACUCCGAGAACUGUGGACUGGCCAGAAAGGCAACUUAGUGCACUAA